UAAGGCAGCAGGGGCUUCUGUGCUGAGUCCCAGAGCUGAGAGUGGAGGGGAAAGAGCACUGCUUCCUGGCUGGACCCUAGCAAGAUUGCACCAUGGAGUGUAUAUAGUCGGGAAUUCCAGAGACUUCCAUUAGAUUUGGCAAUCCAUAAUUACCGUCCAGGCGAUUGGAUCCGGGUCAAGCAGUGGAAAAAGGAGCCCCUUCUGCCAACUUGGGGACCAGAAAAGCAAGUCGCCCUCGUGACGGAGGCAGCCGUAAAAGUAUUUGCGAGCGACAAAUGGAUCCAUGUUUCCCGUAUAAAGAGAGCGUCUGAACCACUUAUCAUCCAGGAACCAGGGAAGAGGGUAGCGAAGGACCCUCCAACUGGCAGGGUGAAUGAUCAAGAACCCGAAGAUAAGUGGUCCUCGAGAGGUGUACCGGGCUCUGACCUGAAACUCAAGCUUUCCAGGACAAGGAACAGUUUAUAAUCAUGAAUCCAGGACUUGUUGCUACCCAGUUGAAACUUCAGGAUGGAGAGACGGUCCAAGUGAAGGGAAAGAUCUUGCCAGAUGCCAAAGAGUUUGUCGUGAAUCUCGGCCAGGACUGUGAGCACCUUGUCCUUCACUUCAACCCGCGCUUUGACAGCAAGGGAGAUGUGAACACCAUUGUCUGCAACUCCAAGCAAAAGGGGGAUUGGCAGGAGGAGCAGAGAGACACCAACUUCCCCUUUGAGCGAGAUGGCAAAGUUCAGCUUUCCUUCACCUUGCUUUCUUCGGAGAUAAAGGUGUCACUGGCCGAGGGUCAUGAGUUUUCCUUCCCAAACCGGCUGGGCCUGAAGACCAUCGAAUACAUUGCGGUGGAAGGAGACUUCAAAGUCAAGGCUCUCAAAUUCCUCUGAUCUCCUCUGGGGUCCCUGUAGUCUUGUAACGGUGUCUGAAUAAAAUUCAGUUCUGUUCUCCCAA